AUGAAAGGACCUAAAUAUGUGGAAAACAAUUUAUAAUUAUUAUUGUCAAGAAGAUUGGAGUAUAAUAAACAUGUAAAUUAAAUAAAGAAUGCAAAAUGUAAUCCAAUGUUGGAGAAAAGAGUAACUUAUAUUUUUUAUUUUAGUCUUUAUCAUAAUAAUAAUCAUUUUUUAGAUAGUUGGAGUAAAAUUGGAAAUAAGCGAAUUUGAAAAGAGAACAAAUGAGAUAUGAAGAGAUAGUAAAGUUAAAUACAAAAAUGUUAUUGAAAGUGGCAAAUGCAAAGGAGGAUCAAAUAUUAUCAUAAAGUAAGAAUAGAAAAAGAUAGUAGAUUCUUAAAAAAGUAGAAUAGAUUCUGCUAGAUCUUGUAAAUCUCUACAUAGUGUGAUAAAGAAAACAAAGGAGAGAGAGUUAUUUUAAGAGAACAAGAGAAUGAAGGAUAAAAUAGAGAAUGUAUAAUCAUCAAUAGCAUAUAAUAAAAUAAUAGAGAAUUUUAAUAAGUAAAGUAUUUGAAAAAUAAGUAGACUUCAAGGUGAUAGAGAUCGAUUGACAAGAAACUCUUAUAAAAAAUAGAAAUAGAUGAAGGAUAUGUUAGAUAACUUAACAUCUCAAUCAAAAGCCUCUCUACACUAAAAAGUGAAUAAAAUAAAUUAAGUACCAAAAUUAAAGUUGCCAAAAAUAAAUUAGUAGGGAGAGAGUAUAAAAUCAUUAUAAUAAUUAAAUAAAUUGAGAGUGGAUGGAUUCUACACAGCAAGAUGA